CUCCCCUAAUAAACCUCUCCCUCUCCUCAGGCUCAGCCAGGAUUGAUAGUGAGUGGGGAUGAGCAGGAAUCACUGCAGUGUGAACCAGGACUGUAAACUGGGAGUAAAUGUUGUCUUCCAGGCGUCGUUGGAUUCGUUGGUUUGCAAACAACUUCACAGAGAAGUCUUGACUUUGGAUUUUGCGCUUCUGCCUUUGGUUUCAUGUCUCCUUGGAUGUUGCGCCACGGUGCGUAGCCUUUGCCAGCUGAGCAAUAGCGCGCAGUUUACAGUACGCAGGUAAUAACACAUUGAUCCUCACCGUCUUCAGUGGCAGAAACCCGAGCUGAUGAGCGCGCACCACAUUUCCUCUCCAACUCAAUAUGCUGUUUAUCGCGUUUGCCAGAUGAUACCUGUUGAUUUUACAUCGCGCCAUGUCCUUCUGUUGGACUGAAGUGGACAAUGAAGUUAUGGGAUAGCUUUACCACUUGUUUGAUACUGCUGAGCGCUGUGCACGCCAGCUCACUGCUCCGGAGCCGACAGCAGUCCACGUCUACCAAGAGGAGAGGGCGCGCCGCCGAGAGUCCCCUGGAGCUCCCGCCGGUUCAGAUCCGCCUGUCUGUCAAUUCCCCGGGCAUCAGUCGAGCUGAGGCGGGUAUAGAGGACUGGGAAGAGACGCUGGCUGGAGAAGAAAGAUACACCAUGGAGGAGUUCCCCCUAAAUGAGUUCGAAGACGUGGUGGACUUCAUCAAAGUGACCAUUAGUAGAAUACGCCGCUCCUCCUCAUCCACCAUGUCCUCAUCUACCUCCUCCUCCUCCACCACCUCCUCUACAUCCAAUGAAAACUUGAGCAGCAGGACUCGACAUAGAAGGCAGAGAAAGAAUGGAGCGAGCCAGCAGAGUGGUACAGGAGGAAGAGGAGGAGUCAGAAGUGGGGAGACAGGGAGGAAGGUUAGAGGAGGACGCGGUAAUGGACGAGGACAGGGCUGUGUGCUAAAACAGAUCCACCUCAAUGUGACGGACCUCGGUCUGGGCUAUCGCUCCAGUGAGGAAAUGAUAUUCAGGUACUGCUCUGGACCCUGCAGGAAGUCCGAGACCAACUAUGACAAAAUCCUUUAUAACCUCGCUCACAACAGGAGGCUCCCUCCAAAAGACAUGCCUCCUCAGGCUUGUUGUCGGCCUAUAGCAUUUGACGAUGACCUCUCGUUUCUGGACGACAACCUUGUCUACCACACCGUGAGAAAGCACUCAGCCAGGAGAUGUGGUUGUGUGUAGGGAGUGUGAGCUUGUGUCAGGUUUUGUGUAAUUUUACAUUCACUCCCACUUAGAAUGUGUGUAUGAAGUUGAUGUUUUUUUGUUUUUUUUUCUUCAUAUUUUUCUCACUGUGAGGAAACUUUCUGGCAUUAUGUGUGGCCGUGUAUGACCUGAGUCCAUCAAUUAAUAGGGAGAGGAGAGGCGGCGGCAUCACGGCAGGUUUUACCCCAAAGCAAUGAUUCCUAACGACCCUCAUCUUCUCCUCCUUGGCUCAAUCACAGUGUCCACGAUUUCCUAUACAUCUUACAUCGCUAAUGUGUUCAGUGUGGUUUUUAAAUGUUUCCAUGGAUACUCAACCUAAAGGACACAAUGGAUGGUUCAGCAGACUCACUCUGUUUACUGUAUAGCACAUACGUUAAAUGGAAAUGUAUUUAUGAAAUCCCAAAUUUAUUAACUUAUUGAUAUUUAUUUUGUUUUUAUAAAAGGAAUAAAUGUUAUUUAUUGCUGUAUUGUGAUAUCUCGGAGUGUGCCAAACGUUUAAAUGAAAUAGCCCUUUUUACACAGAGAUCCUGCAAACACUGCCGUGAAGAAUAUGUCAAAUAUUGCCUCCCCAGUGUGUGAUUUCACAGAAGAGGCUAAACGUAUAGGUGGAGCUAUAGCAACACUAUUCUUCUUCACUUCAGUGUUGACAAGCUUCAGCCGUCAAACUGUAACUUACACUGUACGUUUGCUGCGUGAUUGACAACUUCAUUGAUCACAUUUUCCCUCUGCUCCAUUCUCAUUCACCGUUACUUACACUCGCUCUCGUCAGCUUCACCACACAAGCACACAUGUGUCACAGUCAUCAACUUGGCUUUGUUACUACCUCCGUUACAGAUUCAGAAGUGGACCACCACCACCACCAUCCCAUAUUUGUACGUUUAUACAAAACGGCGAGGUUAAAGGGUGAACAGGCUGUGUAAAAAGGGAGCGUGAUUUAUUCCAUAUAAAAGCAGUGAAAGAGUUUACGUUGCAAAAGGAUCUUUUUACACAUCAGAUUAGAAUGCUUAAGGGGCCCUGUGGAUUUGUAAUGUGUGCACUCAGUGUUUCUCACCAAACCACACCACACAUUGUGCAUAUUCCUGAAGUAAUUCCUUUCCAUAUAUUUCCCCCAUUUUAAAGAAAUCUCCAUCUUGGUGCAUCCUUCACAAGACAGCUUUAAGAAAAUCCUUCCUCAGUAUGUCAAAGGCAUCCUGUGGCAUUUUCUCAUAAACUGUUUCAUUCAGUGUUUCUCACCACAACAGAUUGUGCAUAUUCUUGAGGUCAACACAAACGAUUUGAAUACAUUUGUCCUCAUAAAACAUUUGCAAAGCAGUUUUAAGACAAUAUUUAAAGUUGUUUACAUUGUACACUUCGUUGCUUGUUGCGACCACCAAUUGUUCAUGAGUAGAAUAUCUGAAACUGGUGUCACAUUAUGUAUCAUGUGACCUGUGUGCCGGAGCACAUGCACAGUACAAACAAAACAGAAACCCACUCUUAAAAGACAUUGCUCUACAACACUGUUAGUGGUCAAAAACUCCACAGGGUACCAUUAAAGUUUGACUUUACAAUAAUAAUCUUAACGUUUACAAUGUUCUAGUGUCAUUUGACUGCAUUGUUUCCUGUAUUUGUGUUUGUUUGUUUUUUUAAAUAAUGAGGUGAGAAAAGCUAAAACGUUUUGUUCUCGCGGUUAGAAA